GCUGUCUGUAGAGGCUGCGGGCCUCUCUCUGCCAGCCAGUCCAACCCCGGGCGCCUCAGCCCGCAGCCCGCAGCCGGGAUGCUCCUCAGCUUCCGCAGGAACCGCCGGAGCCAGUUCAGUCACAUCAUCCAUGGCUUCCUCCCAGCGGCCAGCAUCGCUCCCAAGCCAGCUGUGCCGCGCACACCUCCUCCCCGAAGCCCCAACCCAUCUCCAGAGAGACCCAGGUCUGCUCUGGCCGCGGCCAUCCUGGCAACCACGCUGACGGGACAGACAGUCGCCAUUCCCCAGCCUCGCCAGAGAUCCCGGUCUGAGAGUGACGCCUCCUGCAUGGAAAAGGACAGCUUCAUCGAGCCCUAUGCCACCACUUCAGAGCUGAGGCUACGGCAAAGCUGGCAGAAUGAGCCAAGAAGAACUUCAUUACCGUCUUUUGAGACGAUGGGCUACGGGGAGGAUGAGGAUGCCGAAACACAGGCGUCCACCAGCUGCAGGGAGUCAGAGUCCAGCGCCUGGAAGGAUGUGGGAGAUGGCAGACAUGCUGCCUAUGCUGUGCCUCACAGGAAGCAGGUCCUGUCAUCUCAAAAGAUGGUGACAGGGAAUGAUGCUUCUGAACAAGACGGACUUUCAGACUCCUCCUCCUCCUCCUCCUUCUCCACACCACAGCACACUCGGAAAGAUGAUAAACGCUCUGUUCUGAAUCUAGAGGAUGAGAAACCACUGCGUGAAAAGCCACCUCCCUCCCCAGAUGUAGGCCGUAGGGUACAUCAGAGGCAUACGGAAGGAGCCCAAGAAAAGGCUGAGGAGUUAAGACAAGAAACUGCGCAGCUACAGGCCGCAAACCAAGCUCUCAGCCUUGAACUGAGUGCAAUGAGACAAGCAAUGAAGGACUUACAGCUGAAGCUCAAGAGGGUGGAAAAGGACAACAGGAGGCUGAAGGAGGGAGAAAAGCCAUCCCCUCAGGAAGCAGUCACAGCUGACUUACUUUACCUAAGGAAGCAAGGCCAAGGCCUGGUGGAUGAAAACGAGGGGCUGAGAAUGAUCGUCCAUCGUUUGAACGUAGAACUCAGUCGCUACCAAACAAAAUUCCGACAUUUGUCUGAGGAAGAGGGUUCCUGUCUCGAAGGCCUCCCAUCAAAGGGCCCCACACCCCCCUGGCUGGUGGAUAUAAAGUACCUCUCCCCACUGUUGCUGGCGUAUGAAGACAGGAUGAAAGAGAAGGACGAACUCGGUGCUGCCCUGGAGGAGGAGAUGAGAGCCUUCAGGGUGCGAGUCCAGGAAGUGGUGAAGGAGAACGAAGGCCUGCGCCAGGAGUUAGAGAAGAGUGGCCCCGUCACCCGCGAGGAAUGGAGGCAGCUUCAGACGCAAGCGGAGCUGGUUCUUGAGGAGAACAAGUUGCUGAUAGAGCAACUGGAGAUCCAGCAGACAAAAGCCAGGGACGCCCAUCAGGAGCGCGUCCAAGAAGUUUCUAAGCUGACUAAACAGCUUAUGCUCCUGGAGGCAAAGACUCAGGGCCAGGAAAAGCAGCUGAUGGAAAGCAAGGAACAGCUGGAGAGCUUACAGGCCAGAUGCCACGAACUCAAAGCACAGCUGGAUAGCAAGAUCGCUGUAGAUGUCCAUACAUCGAUUGUCAAUGAACUAAAAAGCCAGCUGCAGAGGGAAGAAGAGAAGGACAGCGCUGAGAUGCAGGAGCUGAUGGGGAAGCUGACGGCGCUGCAGGUGCAGAGGGAGAGCCUACUUCUGGAGAAGAGCAGCUGGACCGCCAGCAGCAGAGCGCUGGAGGCUGAGCUGCAGCGCACGCGCGCAGCCAACAGGCGAUACCAAAAGAAAAUUGAUGUCCUCAGAAAGCAAGUAGAAAAAGCCAUGGGGAAGGAGAUGUCUGCCCACCAGUACCUGGCAAAUCUGGUAGGCUUGGCCGAGAACGUCACCAAGGAACGAGACAAUCUUAAGUAUUUGGCUCAGUGUUUAGAGAGCGAGAAGCACGGCGUCCUCAACAAGAUCCUGAAAGGCAACAUCCGCCUGGGAAAGCUGGAGGAAAAGGUGAAGGGGUACAAGAAGCAGGCGGCACUAAAGCUGGGGGAUGUCCAUCACCGCCUGAGGGAGCAGCAGGAAGACUUUGCUGGCCGAGCAGCUCAGUACCAGAAGGAGAUGAGGCACCUGCACCGGAUGCUGCAGGAAAAGCAGGAGGUCCUGGACGAGGCCCUGCAGCAGAGAAGAGAAAUGGAAGGUGAGCUUGAGAUGGUUCUGGAAUCCACUGCCCAGGAGAACAAGAGGAUGCGAGCUCUUCUGCAGGCCACCCUCGAAAGGAGAGGCACACAGCACACGGGAGCCCGCGAGGACGCCUCUCAGGGAGACCUGCCAGUUGGCUAUGAUUUCAGCUAUGGUGACAUGCAGCUUCCGGCUACCGCUGCCCGCCAGAGGCUUGGGGAGUCUGUGGCGUAGACCUCCUGUCUGAGGUGUCCACGUCCCCCAAGCUGGUAGGUGGCUUCUCUCCCGGGAUGGCUAGUGUGACAAGGAAGCCCGUGGAAGCAAGAAAGAAAUAAAUCAGCCAGGGCAUCGAA